UAAAAGCGAGAAAAUUGCGAACAAAGUUGUUACCCCAGCAGAAAGCGAUAAAACAGUCUGAUAGACGCCGAAAAGUUGCGGACCUAACCGAACCGACGACGUUUUCGUCGUUUGGCAGUGAAUGGUGAAGAGCAGAGCGAGCGCAAAAACAAAAUCAGCAUUUCCAUCACAAUCUAACUGUUUGGAUCUCCGUCGUCGUCUCAUGUCUCGGCGCGAAGUCCGUUUGUGGCGAUGAGUUUUUAACUACACAUCACGCCGAGUGUACACAAUCUUUUUCCACAAGGUUUAAAAAACGGCUUGAAGUUUUAAAAAAAUAACGAAUAAAACAAACUGGUGUCAAAAGCGCAGUCCAAGCGCGUCCAAAACGCCGAAACCAGACCGAAUACGAGCGCCUUUGCACGCGAGUUUUCGAUAAAUAAAAAUACACAUUUUAUGUGAUUUUUUGCCAUAUCUCGUCAUAAAUGACUCAUAAACGCGAAAACGCACGACGGAAAACGGUGGUACCGUGAGUGGUCCUGGUCCGCGUCGAGACUUGCGUUGGGUAGUCCUAUCAGCAAAUAAAAGAGACAAAUUCGGCACCUUCACCGGCAGCGAAAAAAAAAACGGGACAUGUUUUGGGGCUGAGAACGCGCGCGCCAUCAUAAAAACAUAAACGUCAAAAUAACGAGAGCCAAUUUCACCGACCGCCCAAACCACCCGAAAGUUCCGAGAUUCCAGGGGUUUGUCACAUUCGUUAGUGCUGUUGUUAUCAAUUCGGCCGACUGCAAAAUAACAGUGAAACACGCAGUAGGCGAAAAUAAAUACCGAAACACACAACCCCCCCGAAACAGAAGUCCCAUCCAUAAGUCAGUGCAGAAGUUGCGGGUGUCCGCCUUGGUCAGAAGCCUAGCAGUAGUAGGCUGCGCCAUAUUUGUUGUUUUGAUUUGUGUCGUUUUUUUCGGUGUUUCUGUUAUUGUUAGUGGUUAGUGUGUGGUGCGCAAAGGGGGUUGUUCUUGCGGAUAAGCGCGAGCGUAGCGCGUUUUUCAGAAUGAUCGAAACAAUUGUCGUUCUGAGAGGCUGCUGAAUUUAUUUUCACCCCCCACAAAACAAAUUGGAACUGCUGCCCAAAACCAAAUAUAAAAACAAUCACAGCAACAACAAUCGUUAUGACCGUUGAGAUGAGCGUCGAAACAACCAUAAUGGGAGACGAUGAGGAAGCUGCUGAUGAGCAGCAGUCGUUACCACAGCAAGACCAGCAAGAAGGAACCACACAGUCAUCUGCAGUAAAUUCCAGCAGCAGUAGCACGAGUAGUAGUAGUAGUAGCAGAAGCACAGCAUCCAACGGAAGUGACGUAAAUCACGAGUCCGAAAUGCUCAACUCUCAAUCACCCGAAUCUUCCGAAAGGUUACACGAGCCAGAAACCGGUGGUGACGCAUCCUCCGCAACGGAACAGAAUCCUCCAGCGGAAGAUUUUGCCCCGUCUCCAGCUGCCUCAACUGCCCGAAGCAGUCGAACACCUUCCGUCGCAUCACCUCCCCCAAACUCAAACGUUGCAUUCCACUCGGCGGCCACCAUGAGCAAUCUGGAUCGAUCCUCGCCACCGGAGAAGGUUGAAAUCAAAAUCGAACCUGGCCUUCUCAUAGACGAUAACCCAAAGUCACCGGGUAGGGUUGGGAAACCGGAAGACGGAGACGACGAGGACGAUAGGGCGUCCGCAGACCUGAGUACAGCUCAGUUUCCCAUGCUUAGACUGAAUGCCGCCUUGGCCGCCGAUCCAGCGACCAAUCCGGAUGCUAAAGAUCUUAAAAACAUUACCGCCGUUAACGAUAGUCAGUACGAGAAAAGCCUGGAAUCCGAAUACCAGCAACAACCAGUCAUCCGCAAACCUCCCAAGGCGGAAAAUAUUGCCAUUCCCAUUAACGUAGAACUUCCCCCGCGGAUACCGAUGUUCAUGUGUGGUCCCUGCGGUAUUCGAUUCUCAUCCGCGUCCACCCUGGAAGCCCACCAGACCUACUACUGCUCCCACCGGAAGGACGCCGACGAAAACAACGGCGGAGGCAUCAAGAACGCUAACUCCAACGAUCCGAACAGCUCGGAACCGCCGGCCAAAUCGGCCAAAACCGGCAAACAGUACGCCUGCAGUCAGUGCUCGUACAGUGCCGACAAGAAAGUCUCACUCAAUCGCCACAUGCGCAUGCACCAAUCCUCGCCCGCACCGAGUCCAAACACCUCUAACGGUGAACACGACAACAGUUCCGCAGCAGCAGCAGCAGCAGCAGCUAGUCAACAACUUCAACUACAGUUCCAAGCGCAGGCCGCAGCUGCAGCAGCCGCAGCCGCCGCUGUCCUCCAGCAACAGCAGCAGCAACAACAACAACAGCAGCAGCAACCCCCGCCACAAGUCGAUCGAUACUGUUCCGACUGUGACAUCCGGUUUUCCAGUACCAAAACCUAUCGGGCCCACAAGCAGCACUACUGCAGUUCGCGGCAUCGGGAUGGGCAAUCGAACAACAGCACUCCGAAACCGCAGCAUCAGCAGCAGAAGUCCGGUUCCCAGAGUCCGCCGGAUGUGCCGAAGACGCCUCCGGUGGCGGCGGUCCAACAGCCUUUCCUAGCGCUGCCGACCAAUCCGAUCAUCGUGAUCCCGUACUCGCUGAUACGGGGAGCCAGUGUUAUUCCGGGCUUGCUAUCAUCUCUGGCCCCGGGCAUCACCAAUCCCGAAUCGGCCUGUUACUUCUUCCAAAAUGGAACCCUGCAACCGAUCGCGGUCUCGCUGGCAUCGGCCACAGCCGCGGCAGCCGCAGCCGCCGCCGCUGCUGCCGGUGUCCUCGGACCUCAGCAACUGACCCCGGGACAUCUCGGCUCCGGAGGCGGAGGUGGACACAGCAACACCGGUGGUGGACGAGAGUCACUGUCCCGUGGACCCACACCUUCGAAUGCCGGGAAUGCCGAUAACAACGGCUCCUCCAAUAGCAGCAGCAGCAACAGCCACAACAGUACCGGUGAGGUCCUGAAGGCUGUCAACAAGCGCGAGAAUGUUAAGGAAUCGACUCCACUGGAUUUAUCGGUUCGGCGGCUUUCUCAAGGUGGUAGCCUGAGGGAACGAUCGCUAUCACUUUCUUCCGCUAUAUCGGUUGAUCAACUCCGGAUGGACUUUGACAGUUUGAUGGAGGGUAAGGAGAAUCUCUCGGUCAGCGGUGAUUCGAUCACUCCGGAGCAGAUCGUCUGUGCGCCGUCGCUGCCCGGAAGCCCACCGCUGACUCCAUCUCCGAAAAGACGAUCCAACAGUCCUAGAGGCGGAGGAGGUGGUGGAACCGGAUCUGGCGGCAGUGGAUCCCGUAAUGAUCGCGAUGGAUCUAUAUCAAUAUCUCCACUAACGCUUCAACAGCAACAGCAGCUGCUCAUGCGACCACUUCUGCCAGCGGAUAUUGCGCUACGUUUAUCCGCCGCAGAUCCCACGCUCAAUCUCAAUCUCAACAUUCUACCCAACUCUCCCUUAUUGACCAAGCAAGGUGUCGAACUAGCCCUAAGACUGUCAUCCAGCUCCAACAGCAACAAUAUGGACUCUAAAAAUCUCCAGCAACCACAGAUGUCUCCACUGUUGAACAGCAUCUCACCAACCAACAACGUUCAAGUUCCGGUUAUUCCGAGCAGUCCUCAGAUAUUCGUCAAACAGGGCGACUCAAAGUGCAAAGAAUGCAACAUUGUGUUCUGUAAAUAUGAAAACUAUCUCGCCCACAAGAAACACUACUGCUCGGCUCGCAAUCUCGAAAAAGACGGUGAUAACAUCAAGGUCAGUCCCCCGAUCUCGCCGCAGGCCGUGAGUCCUUCAAACUCCGCAGCGCCGGGCAAUGCUCAACGCAACUCAAUGGCCGGUGCCCAAGCUCCAGUUUCCUACCAGCAGCUGAUCUGUGCUGCCUGUGGUAUUAAAUUCACCUCACUGGACAACUUGAGCGCCCAUCAGAUGUACUACUGUCCGAAACGGGUCGAUGUACAAGCUCCGGCUAACGUAACUCCGCAAAAGGAACGCUGCUCCAAGUGCAAGAGCUUGCACGAACCCGGUCAACCGUGUACGGUGGCCGGCCAGGGCGCCUACAAGUGCCCGAUCUGCGAAGCCAUCAGUCCCAACUCAACCGAAGCACGACGCCACAUGGACACUCAUGGAGGUGUCAAGGCCUUCCGGUGUACCAUCUGCCGCUACAAGGGAAAUACGCUACGUGGUAUGCGUACCCACAUCCGGAUGCACUUCGACAAGAAGACCAAUGAUUUCAACGAGGAGAACUACAUCACCUGUAUUUUGGAGGAGGACGGUAUCGAGAUACCGCCUGCGGCGGCCGUGGCAUCAGCUGCAGCAGCGGCCGCUGCUGCCGCGGCACAGCUCAUGAACCAGGCGGCGGCCGUCGCAGCGGCACAGCAGGCAGCAGCCGCUGCCGUAGCUAGUCAUCAUCAGCAGCAGCAACAGCAAAAGGAAGCAGCUGGAGGCCAGCCGAUCCAUUUCUGUGAGCUGUGCCCGUACUAUUCGGUCCAUAAGAUCAACGUGGCCAAGCAUAUCAAACUGAUCCACGGCCGGGAGCGACCGCCGAGCGAUUCGCCCCUGAUCGGCGAGGGUGGCGAAUCGCUGAUCUUCAACGGCUCUGCUGGCAGCAGCAGCGAAAGUGGCUCGACUCCGUCGCGGCCACCGGUCAGCAGCACCCCGGGCCUCCCAAUGCCGGGUUCCAACAGUCUCAUCAAAACCGAACCCGAGGACGAUCGACCGGAGGAAGGUGACGUCGAGGUCGAUGUGGUCGUCGAGGAGCCGGAGGUCAUCAUCAAAACCGAAGGGCAGGACCUUUCCGGAAGACACUCGAUUUCACCGAUGGGUUCUCCUCCGCCUCCUCCCCCAGCAUUGAUUCCUUCCCAUCAGAUCAAACAGCUUAAGCAUCAGCCUUCGACUGGAUCGAUGAAUGUUAAAAACUCCCCCGGCCAUCAUCAGCAUAACAAAACUCCCUCGCCACCUUCGAGUGGCUUCACCGGGGAGGUCAAUCACAGCGGACCCAACUACUGUGACACCUGCGAUAUUACCUUCAACUACGCCAAUACGUACAUAGCCCAUAAGAAGUUCUACUGCAAGAACAGUCAGGCGGCGGCAGGUUCGGAUUCAGCUUCCGGGGCAGGUGUCAUUGCCCCGGCUAGUCUUCGAGCGGCGACGACCGGAUCGCCCAACGGUGGCAAUGCGGUGGCCGUAGCUGUCGCCAGCAAUAGGGCCACAGAAACUUCUGUUUAAGAAUCCUUUUUCUAAUUUUUUGAGAGACGGGCAAGGCAAUCGUUGUAUACGGACAUCAAAGUAAAGGAAGAAUUUAUCAAUCACAAACAACCCAUAAGUAUACGGUUUUUAUCGAAAGAGAAGAGAGAAUGCAGUCAAGGCAAAUCAUAUGGAAUUGCCACCUGUAAACAUUCAUAUAAAAAUAACUGUGUUAUCCUAUCAGCGCAUCAGCUAACCUAAAAGUUCUUAAUCUUAAGCCUCGGAAUCUUAAACAAAACAAAAAUAACCCACGAAACGAGAGCGACCCUUUCAUAGCUUCGUAAGUUUUGUGCUAAGCUCUUAUAAAUAUAUAUGUACUCCGUAGAAUUCGGCUGAUCAUCAGCAUCAGAGCGUGUAAUGUAAAACAUUCGAUGGUAGUUUUUAGGCAGAUACAGAGACCCUAAAGUUUGAAUGUGAAAUCAAAUUACAAACAUCUAUAGUUUUUAGUUCCCGGACCGAGGAAAAUUUCGGCCGAGUCUGUUUUAGUUGAAUUUUUAUUACCAACACACGGUUUAUUCGCGAUGUUUUAUUAUCACCAAAGGCUAGCAAGUUGUUUUCCAAUACCUAUUAUUAUAAUUAUCAGUUUUUUAUUCGCUAAGUUAAUUACCAAUCAAUCCACAUACGUACGCGCAUGUAAAUCUUCCCUGUAAAUGCGCUGAAUCGAGUAAAGACUUAAAACAAUUGAACGACAUAUAGGUACGUUUUGCAUUUAGUAGCCGAUAAUUAUAUUUCGUUAGACCAUACUUGCUUAACCCUCACACAGUUUGAGAGAUGUAAAAAUAUGAAUGUGCAAAUUGUAGAAAGGAAGUCAAAUGUGAUUCUAUCACUAUGAAAGACGAAAAAAAAUAUCGCCGAAAAACACGCAAGCUCGAAUUUAAAAGAAAUCCUAUUCAUUAAAAGAAAAAAAACCCAAACGCAUUUAGGAGUAAAUAUUACACUGAACUAUUAACAUACCGAUCAUUUCCGCAAACUAAGCAGAAGCAAACGGCGCUGUAGAAAUGGACCCUAGCCUGGCUAAAACAGUAAAAGAUACUUCUUCGCUAUACCUAAUUCUAACGACCUUCAACUCCACCAACAACAGCAGCAGCGCUGUGAGCAAUAGAUUUCCACUGUUUCGAGUUCAUCGAAACAAUUGAUUUGUAAAAUGUUAACCAACCAACAAUUUACAAAAAAACAAAAAACCACGCCAUAUUGUAAUACGAAAUCAAUACCCAUAACUUCUCAAAAUAUCAAAAACACCAGAUUAA